AUGGCGGAUUACAACUCGACCCUAGAAUCUGCGUCCACGAACAAGAUGAAGAACGAAAAGAAGAAAAGAAAGCAAACAAGUAUCGAAAUUAAUGAACUAGAAAAAGAAGCGCAAGAAUAUAGUGGAGGUCCUUCGAAAAUUCCUCGCAUCGACGAGUCCGAGAGAGAAAUCAUAGAAACAAACACGAAACUCGAAGAAGAUUCUCCAUGGAGGAAUCUGCAGCUGAUUUUAUUCCUCCAGAACAAAAACAUCGACCUUCUAAAGAAGGUUGAUUUGGCAUUCAGUUAUGUGAAUUCGAUAGCUAAUGAAGCAGCGGAUGAUAUUGGUCAACGCCCUGAGAUGAUUAAUACUUAUAGAGUGUUAGUUUUUCUGAACAACUGGGUACAAUCAGUCUUGAUUUCAUCGGAGAAGAAAAUGAGGCAUGGAGAUAACAAAGCUGAGUAUGAAUUUUCUUCAGCAUUGUGUUUGGAUAUCAGAGGCUGGAAAAUUUUACAAUUCUGUUUGGAGAAGUCACAGAACCUACACGUCUCAUUGACCUUUUCUAGAGACUUGUUACGGGUUAUUUAUUGCAUAGCAAGGGAUAUAUUAUCUCAUAUAGAUAAUGUAACCUCAUGUUGCGAGUUGGCACUUUCGUGUGAGCAAUUGGAAUUAUAUGACACUGUGCUCAAUUGUAUCUCAUCAAUCUUCUCAUCCCAUGGUGGAGUUUCAAAUGAAAAUUUGGAUCUGUGGAUUUUCGUCUUAAAAGCGGUGCUAGAACUCGCCUUAAGGCUUGUUAAAGACAAGCUUGAUAGUUGCAAGGCAGGAAACUUAUUCAUGCAAUUACCUUGUAGCCUACUGGAGCCAUUUGCGAAGUUCUUGAGGGUCCAUCCUACACGCAAAAGUGGUUUUCGUGAUUUCAUAGAUCAACUUCUGGAGCCUCUGUUGCACUUGUUGGUUGUGCUACAUUCUGAUUUUUGUGGCAGGAAUUCUGAAUGCAGAAGAAAUCUGUCUAAAUUGGCUGAAGAAGUGUUAGCUCAGGGGAUCUUCCACCCAGCUCACGUCGAUGGGUUCCUAUGUUUACAAAGUACUGGUAGAUAUAAAAGUUCCUUUGAUGGUACAUUAAGUGAGGAAAAAUUGGUCAACAAAAGUUAUCACAGACACCUGUUUGAUAAACUGGAGAAGAUUGUAGCAAAUAAGAAUGAAUAUGCAUUAGGCGGCCUAGGACAGCUGCUUCACUUGUUUGUUAGUUCGGUCACUAAGCAAAAGGGAACUUCAGUCGGCAGAGGAGGUUCUGGGGGCUCGGAAAUCAGUUCAACCAAUAAUGUGCCUGAAAAUUUUUCCCUAACCAGAAUGGUUAAUUCAGAAAACAGGCCCAGCUCUAAUGGUGUGGACGCUGAAAUACGGAAGUCAGUUUUUGAAUUUUUUGUACACAUCAUGGAACCUCUAAUAACAGAAAUUAAUAAAUAUCUUCAUGUUGAUGGGGAACUUGGAUCUAUGUUAAUGGAUGUUUCGUGCAUGCUAAGAGCCAUUAAUAAUUUGCUUGCCUGCAUUGUUCAUGAAAAGGUGUAUGUAAGAACAGAAGACAACUCUGAAGGGGCUUCCUUUAUGUUUCUGAGGUUACUUUAUGAUUUGUUGGUGUCAUUUUCUGCCAAAAUUAAUGAUGUAACGGCAUCAUCUUUUGGCUCAGAGAAAAUUUUACACAGAGAAGUCUUGAUUUCAACAAGAAGGGAGAUUAUUGCGUCUGUACAUCAUUUAUUAGAUAUCGAGUACAAAGUUGUCGAUGAUGAUCUUGAGAGCUUGUGGACUAUGAUUUUUUCCUCUGUAGCCUGUAGCAAUAGUUCAAUAGAUGUGCUGGAUCAGUCUGUGUUGUCUUCAGAGAUUCUGAGUCUUGGUUGCAGGCUGGUUGAUCUUUACAGUGAACUUCGGCAGGUGAAUAGUUCUAUAUUUGCACUUUGUAGAGCAGUUCGGCAUUUUGUAUCACUUCUUGGGGACAAUAAAGCACGUACAAGUUCACAUGCUUAUUCUUCCUACCCAAAUUCUUUGAGCAUGAUGUUAUGUUCUCCAGAAUUUAGGCUCUCCCUUAGCAACGCUAUUGAGUCCAUACCAGAAGGGCAAGCAAGUGGAUGUAUUCAGCAGUUGAGUUCAGAUAUUAUGGAAUCGCUGCAGUGGAUGAAAGUUGACUGUCAGCUGGACAGUGGAGAUGAACUUAUGAAGUCAAGUCCAAGUAGUUAUGACUCGCUGCACUUCAAACUGCAAGCAGAACUCAUAGGGAGGGCUUUGUCUGAAGUAUAUAGCAUAAUUGUAGACUCAAUAACAGUCAGUUCUGGCAAUAGUUAUCUGGUUGGUGUUUCUGUGAAAAAUUUGAUAGAACAUUGUCGCCCAAGUUUGAGUUGCCUAGUUUCGUUACAACCAGAUAAUAUUAAGGAAUUCUCCAAUUUAUUUAAUAGAAGAACUUCAAAGAAGAGAGAUGGGUGUGAGAACAUAUCCAUGUGUUGGAUUCUAGUGUUCUACUUCCGUUUGUAUUUGUCCUGCAGAAGCUUAUUACGACAAGCAAUCAGCUGUAUGCCUCCUGAUGCAUCAAAAAAGAUGUCAGGAGAAAUAGGUGAUUCAUUUUUAUCUCACACUGGAAGGGAUUGGUUGGAGGCAACUGGUUCUGUUGGUGAAGGCUAUUUUUCUUGGAUUCUUCGGCCUUCUGCUCCUCUUCUUAAUGUCAUACAUUCUAUUUUAGAUGUUUAUCUUCGAGGCACUGGUGUAGUUUGUCCACCUCUGGUCUAUGUGUUAAAUGCCAUGGCUUUUCAGAGACUUACCGAUUUGAAUAGGCUGAUAAAAUCCUCAAAAUAUAUGCUUCUGUGGAAUAGAACUCGGGGUCAGCAACAAUUGAAGGAUGGAGCUCAGAUCUCUUCAUACAGUAAGAAAAUUAAAAGAUGGAAAAGGAGUCUCUCAGAUUUCAGGGAGGAAGCGAGAGGUCUGACCAAAAUCAUGAUGGAAUUUCUCUUGUCAAUGGCUAAGGUCCAUUUACCUGCUUUCUCAUUUGAUGAUGGAAUCCAUGGGGACAUAUGGAUCCAAACUCUGCUUAAAAGUGACACACAGAGUUUUGCUAUAGGCUUCAUAGACAAAAAGUUAUUGCCAUCUACACUGUUGUGGAGCUUUUGCAGAACGGUUGAUAUUUGGUGCUCUCAUGCUGCCAAGAAGGAUUUGAAGAAGUUUCUUGCACUUCUAAUCCAGGCAUACCUUUCCUGUGUUACUGAUCAUGAAAGCAACUCGCGAAAGUGUAACAUUGACAAGCCUGGCCACCUGAAGAAAGCCACUGCACAUCACAUUGCGCUGGAGUUUCUAAGCAACACAAUUUCAUAUGAACAAAGUUUUGUCCGCAGGUAUAUGGCAUCCAGGUAUUGCCAGAUCUUGCAGAAGUCAGCAUCGUCUUUAUUUGCUACUACUGAAGUUGAUCUAAGUUCAUCACCUGAUUGGAUAGAGGUUAUACGUGCAGUUGAAAAUUCAUCCAAUGUGCAGAAUGGUGAUUCAUUGUGGACAGGACUAAGUAGGGAUCCUGCUGAAAAAGGAACUAAUAUUGAGUUCGCAAAAUGCCGGUGUUUGCUCAACCUUUUAAAUUGGAUGCCAAAAGAAUAUAUAAGUUCGAGAUCCACAUCAUUGUACAUUACUUGCAUUCUGAACCUUGAGAGGCUUCUGGUUGGCAGCUUGUUAGGCUGGCAUGGUUUUUUGUGCUCCUGCGAUGCUCUUGAGAUCCUCAGAUUGUUUGUAUCCUGUCGAAGGGUUCUUAAGAAUAUAAUCAUGGCAUCUUGUGAAGAGAAUAUGGAAGGUCGUCAAUCUUCAAUUGCUAGCAAAUUCUCAGAGGGCUCGUUUCCUCUGUUUUGGCUUUCUAAGUCAUUGUCAGCAGUCAUGGGGUUUCGACAUGGUUUUCCAGAAGACAUUGCUUUUGAAGCAAAAAAUGCAUUUUUUUCAUUAAUGGAUCACACAUCUUAUGUGUUUUUGACAGUGAGUAAAGAUCAUUACUCUCUUGUUACUUCUAGGAAGCUUUGUACAGUUAAGAAAAGCUCAGAUGGUGGCCAUGAGUUGUACGAUCAGAAGGCACACAACAAUCUCCAGUUGGAUCCCCCUCUUAAUGUAGAUGCAUGGAGAAGUGUUGUGCAGGUAGCUGAGACAUUAAAAGAACAAAUGCAAAUCUCACUUGCCACUUUCAACAAAGCGUUACUUGACAAGAAAGUAGGGAUUUCACCGAACUUUCUUGCGUUGAAUAAGUUAUCUUCUAUGCUUUCUUGCUUUCAAGGCUUUCUGCUGGGCGCAUCUUCUGCAUUGGGAAAUGUAUAUGCAAGCAAUAAUAACGUUAGAACAAAAUUAUCAACUUCCAAAGCUGAAAGUGUUAAAAAGGUUAAAUCAUGUGUUGAUACAUGCCAAAAUUUCAUAUCUUUUUAUCUCAAGGCCUUGUUUGUCGAGGAUGAUCAGCUUCCCGGAGUCUUGUCAGAAGAAAAAGCUGUCAGCACUUUGCAAUGUGGUGGUGAUUUGUUGGGAGCAAGAGAGGCCUCAUAUGAUGUUUAUGAUGACGACAAUGAUGCUACAGAUGAGGAAGAGAUGCACCCUGCUGGGAAAAAGACAGCUUCUGGCACAAAGAAGGAUGUUAAAAACCGUGAUCUUAAGAGAAAAACCCAUUCAGCAAUCAAAGAUCUUGAGGCCUUCUUCACAAAAGUUCAAAAUGAGCAACUAUGUCUAAAGAAAUCUUUAUUACUGGAAUUUUUCAGAGGUGAAAAUAUUGAAGCAGCUUUCUUUCUCAGACAGCUUUUCAUUGCUUCUUCAGCUAUUCUAAGACUAAAUUUACAGAUUGACCUUAUUUCUAGUUCUUGGAGCUCGAUUCCUAUUUUUAUUGGCAUUUCUCAAGUUUUGCUCUUGGAAUUUUCAAGCGAGACUGGGAUGCCACAUCCCUUUUCUUUUGUUUGUUUAGAUGGUGUUGUGAAAUUUCUUGAAGAGUUAGGUAUUUAUUUUCCACAACUAGAACCUUCAUUGUCCAGAAAUUUGUAUGUCAAGCUAGUAGAUUUACACUUAAGGGCCAUAGGAAAAUGCAUCUCUUUACAAGGGAAGAAGGCCAUAAUAGCUUCCCAAGAUACAGGAUUGCAUACCAAGAUGUUACCUAAUCAGAUGGAAUCUUCUGAGUCUAGCUUUUCUUAUGAAACAUAUCAAUUAGAAGAAUUUAAAGUGAAGUUGAGGAUGUCAUUCAGAUCAUAUAUCAGGAGACCAUCAGAGUUACAUUUUUUAUCUGCAAUUCAGGCUGUGGAGAGAGCUAUAGUUGGAGUACAGGAAGGCUGCCAGACUAACUAUGAAAUUUGUUUGGGGAGUUUAGAUGGAGGAAAGGUAUCUUCUAUUGUGGCUGCUGGUAUUGAUUGCUUAGAAUUGAUUCUCGAAUUUGUAUCAGGACAUAAUUGUCUUAACAUGGUCAGAAGACACAUUCAGAGCUUAGUUGCAUGUCUUUUCAAUGUCAUCGUGCAUUUGCAGGGUCCCAAAAUCUUCUAUGGAUAUGUUGAUUCCACCAAGGAUUAUGAGAAUCCUGAUGCUGGCUCUGUAAUUCUCAUGUCCAUUGAAGUACUUACGAGAAUUUCUGGGAAACAGUCUUUGUUCCAUUUAGAUGCCAGCCAUAUAGCGCAGUCCCUGCGUAUACCCGGAGCACUCUUUCAAAAUCUUCUCCACCUCCCAAUCUUCGAAAAUGCUGUAGGGCGGAAAUUUUCUGUGGAGCUAUACAAUGCAUGUUGCCGUCUGUUAUGUACUGUUCUUAAGCAUCACAAACGAGAGACUCAACAGUGUGUAGCUCUUCUUGAAGAUUCAGUUAGUGUUCUGCUUCAUUGCUUGGAAAUUGUAAACAUUGAUUCAGUUGCUAGAAAAGAUUAUUUUGCAUGGGAACUUCAAGAGGCAGUAACGUGUGCCAGUAGUCUACGAAGAGUUUAUGAAGAGGUAAGGCAGCAGAAGGAUGUCUUUGGUCACAGUUUGUUUCAGUUUUUAUCUCGUUACAUAUGGGUUUAUUGUGCAUUGGGCCCAUCAAGGAAUGGCAUCAGAAGGGAAAUAGAUGAAGCUUUGAGACCUGGUGUUUAUGCUUUAAUAGACUCAUGUUCGACAGAUGACCUUCAACUUCUUCAUACCUUAUUUGGAGAGGGUCCUUGCAGAAGCAUUCUGGCCAGUUUGCAACAUGAUUACAAACUUCAUUUCCAAUUUGAAGGGAAAGUUUGA